AUGUUUCAGACCUUGUACAACUACUUCUGGUGGGAUCGGCUUUGGCUGCCAGGCAAUCUGACCUGGGAUGACGUCCAGGGCCUGGAUGACCAAGUCUACAGCAAAGCCGCUCACCUCUACUACACCAUUCCUCUGAGCUUUGUCUUCCUCAUCGUCAGGCACUUCUUCGAAAUCUACGUCGCCACCCCCCUGGCUGGGCUCUUGAACGUCAAAGAUAAAACCCGAUUAAAAGCCAGCCCCAAUCCGGUGCUAGAGAAAUUCUACUCCACGUCCUGCAAACAUCCCAAACAGGCGGCGGUCGAGGCGCUGUCUAAAAAAAGCGGCUGCACCCCGCGGCAGGUGGAGCGCUGGUUCCGGCGACGACGAAACCAGGAUCGCCCCAGUUUACUCAAGAAAUUCCGGGAGGCCAGUUGGAGAUUCACGUUUUACCUUAUUGCUUUCAUUGCUGGCAUGGCUGUGAUAGUGGAUAAACCUUGGUUUUACAACGUUGAAGAAGUUUGGGAUGGCUACCCCAAUCAGGUCUUGCUUCCUUCCCAGUACUGGUAUUACAUGACCGAGCUGUCGUUUUAUUUGUCGCUCUUGUUCAGCGUUGCCUCAGACGUGAAGCGGAAGGAUUUCAAGGAGCAGGUGAUCCAUCACGUGGCUACCAUCGUCCUGAUCAGUUUCUCCUGGUUCACCAAUUAUAUCCGGGCCGGGACCCUCAUCAUGGCCCUGCAUGACGCCUCCGAUUACCUGCUGGAGUCAGCCAAGAUGUUCAACUACGCCGGCUGGAAGAACACCUGCAACAGUAUCUUCAUCGUGUUUGCGGUCGUCUUCAUCAUCACCCGCUUGAUCAUUCUUCCUUUCUGGAUUCUGCACUGCACCAUGAUCUCCCCUUUAAAGGUGUAUCGUCCCUUUUUCGGCUAUUACUUCUUCAACAGCAUGAUGGUGAUCCUCCAAUGCCUCCACGUAUUUUGGGCCUACCUUAUCAUUCGCAUGGCUCAGAAAUUCAUAACUGGAAAGAUAGUGGAGGACGAGCGAAGCGAUCGGGACGAAACAGAUUACUCCGUAGAGGAGGAUGAAAAGGCUGUUGCUGCGGACACCGUGCCCAGCGCGGGAACCAAAAAUGGCCCUCUUGCCAACGGGCACCCCAUCUUGAACAAUAACCACCAGAAAGUAGAAUAAUUCCCCACGGCUACGUUUUUUCCCGCGGCCCCCCUCUCUCUUUGGCCCCAGCUCAUCCCGAGUCCAUUGCGCGACGCGUCACCUGAGACUGGAGGGUGUUUCGUUUCGUGGCCAAGCCAAAAAUUGGAGGAAAAAACGGCUUAAAUUCCAGUACGAGGGUCCUCGGCCUACGAUGAUCCGGGACGAUUCGCCCCAUUUUUUCCUGUCACUUUCAGGGGGAGGCCGUGCUCCUACCGCCUGCGUAUCUGAUUCAGAAGGAAUCGUUUCCCCUCGGAAGGCGUCCCCCGCGAGACCCCCCUCUUCCUCCUCCUGUUUGCUCCCCUAAACUUCACCAAACUGCCUUAAAAAUCACAUCGGGGAAGCCAAGAUGAACGUCGGUCCUUCCCUCUCUAAUUUUCCCUCCCCACUUCCUGAACCCCCAAAUGCAAACGAACCCCUAAAGAAGGGCAGGGAAGGAGGGGAAAAAAGGCCUCUCUCCCCAUCACGGUGGUGUCCGCAGCUGCCAGAUUUGCACCCAUCAAGAUCAAGUGGAAAGUUCAUCGAAGUUGCCAGUCCUCAUGGAGAAUUAUGCCCUGUGCCAAAAGGCCAGUGGGUCAAAAAAAGGGGGAUUUUUUU